AUGAACAUAAACUUCAAAUCCCAGCCUGACCCAUUAAUUGGCCAUGAUACUUCUCACAUCAGUAGAAAUACAAAUUGUUUUCUGGUCAGACACACUCCCCAUCCCCGGAGAGUCUGUCACAUUAAAGGUUUAAACAACAUACCCAUCUGUGCUGUGAAUGAUGAAAACUUCUUUAAAGCGCUGUAUGAGGUCAGUCACUUGGCCACCCCAGAGAAGGACAUGCCACCACUCAGCAAAGUCAUCUAUACCAACAACUCCAGCUCCUUCCAUAACCCAGGGUUAAACAAAAUGAAAAUGCCCCCUCGGCCCAGUUCUGAGCCCUGUAAAGAAACAAAAGAUUUCUUUGAUGAUCGUUGUGAAGGUGUUUUAAAGAUUAAAAAGGAAGAACUCCGGGGCAGAAGUCAUGGUUCAUACCCAAAGGCAAGCAAAAGUCCUAUGAUCUCUGAACACAUUAAUCCCAAGAAGGAAGUGAGAGGCAAGACAAUUUGCAUACCGAAUUACCUGGAUCAGGAAAUAAAUAUUCUGUCAAAGCUGUGUGAAAUCUUACAAACUGACUCCCUGGCAGAACUCCUAAAGUGGCUACUCCAUGCAAGUGUGAAAGAAAAAGAGUGGGUAUCAGCUUUGAUCCAUUCAGAGCUCUCUGAGAUCAACUUAAUGAAAAACCGAGAGCACAUCCCCCAAAAGAGCCCUGGAAAAGAGAAAGAAAAAUCAUUUUCCACCUACAAAGCUGGCAUGACUCCUUUUUCAGAGAGCAAGAUUCCAGUCCUAGCCAAGGAAGAGGUAUCUAAAGUCAACAGAGUCCCAAGCCAAAAACUGGAAAAAAGUAAAGAAUCAAGAAAAGAGGCUGAGGCUAAGCUUGUGUCCAUUAAAGAAAGAAGCAAGCUCGAAGAUGCCAUUGAAGAAUAUUUCAGCAAAACGAAGCCCCCUGCCAAGAAUCUGAAGAUCUGGGAGAGAAACUAUUGCACUCACUCAGCAGGAAAAGCAAUAGAGGCCAGGAAUCAGCAGCAAAGCUUAUAUUCCCACAGACCCACUAAUUAUAAUCUUUUAAAAUUUUAA